AAAGGAUCAUGCGCCGACGCCUCUCCGAUGUCCUCGGCAUCGGGUACCUCGUUGUCUCCAUGGGACUCAGUUGCUAUUGUCUCUACCUCUUUGCCCCGUACAUGGCCAACGACUUUUUCUGGCGCGACUUUGACGCGGCCACCGUCUCGACAGCGCUCGCAGCAGCCUUUCGCACGCAGCUGUUGGGCAAUGCGUCGCGUCAUAGCUUCGACUUGAUGGCCUUUGAGAAUGGGUUGCCGCUAGCACAGUUUGACGCGCGCGGAAAUACCCGCGUCUUCACGCGCAUGCUCCUGUACGACAAGCUGACGACCGUGCAAGAUGGGAUCAACGGCCUUCGCCGCCUCGAGACGAGACUCGUGACGAACCUCAUGACGGCGUACUGCUGGGUCGACUUGCAGCAGCGCUGGGCGCUCGCGCACUCGGCGGCGCGGCAAGAGCGCUGCGUAGCUCGGUACACCGCCAAUGGCGCCGUGUACCUCGAAGCGACGCUACGCAACAUCCAGCUCCGCGACUGGCUCGACUUGAACGGCGCGCGAUUCAACUUUGCGAUUGCCGACGCUGUGGCGGCCAGUAUCGAUGGCCAGCGCUGGCUGUCGUCACUGAUGGCCCACGAGUGGGUUUCGGUGCCUGACGAGGUCGAUUUCUGGGCGUCAUUUCACGUGACGCGCUACGAGCUGCAGUACGCCAACCGUGUCGCCACAGGCAUUCAAGAUACCGUUGACGUGACCAAUGCCAUGGGUCAAGUUCGGUCUUUUCUCAUUGGAUCGUCACCCACCAGGGCACGAGAGACCGGGUGGACGACCUGCAACCUGCUCGCGCCAUUCGAGUACGAUCUCCAGGCGCUCGGCCACAACCAGAGCCUCGUGCGCAAUGCAACGACGUUCUUUGGCGCUCGCGAUCCGAUGGUGCUCGUCAUUUUUAACAUGGGCCCUCCAAUCCCGUACGAGGUGUUGGUUCUACAAGACGCCCUCGGGCCGUUCUUCAAUAUCGAUUUACGCUGGCUGUCACCGCCAGUAUCGCUCGUCACAGCUGUCCAACGCUUCCGAACUGCCGUCCUAACCGCCAUGCGAGCCAAGAAUGCAUCAACUGCCGUCUUGGCUUUGGCACCAAUGGUAUUGACACCGACGCCAGCUAUUUGGAGCGACCCAUCGAUCGCUUUUCACAGCGGCAGCCCCUUUUGUCUCUUUGGCAAACCUCUGCCGUUCGUGCAGCAGACAUUUAGUUUUGAUGCCAAAUGUGGCCCACAGUUACCGCUCACGAUCGAGUGGAGUGCGUUUAACAGCCUCUUUGCAACCCUGGCUCUGCAACAAACGCCGUCUCAAAAGCGCGAAAUUUGCCAGCGGUGCCCGCCGAGUCAAGUGCAUGCGUGCGUCACACAGCGUCAACGGACCCAAGCAGCGUUUGAUCUCAUCGAUUUUGGUGACAUUGUUAUACCAGACAUUGCCGCACUCAAUCUAAGCUACUGGCAGCUGCUAACGCCGGUGAGCUACCUCUCGGGCAACGUGAACGUGUCGCAGCACUUCUUGCUGGCACCAGACUGGGCCUUCUUUGGCUGGAUGAGUGUCUACGACUGGGUCACGCACACCAAGGAAGUCGUGUCCUUCGAAGGCGACGUUGCUACGUGGCAUAUCAUGUCGAGUGCCUACGCUUCCAAGCCGAUGGAACCAUCGUCGUCCAUGUCCUCUAGCUUGGCCAUUUACAUGUGGUACGGCGCCGCGGUCACUUCAGCUGGCUUGCUUGCCGUCGCACUGGUCGUCGUAGCUCUCUGGCUCGUCUAUCGACCAUACGACAGCGACUGGUUUGUCUUCAAUCGCAUCGUGGGCUCUACGUGGCUGAGUCGAAGUCUGUUGGUCUUGCGCGGCGGGACAGCAGCGCUCUGCCUCGCGUCUGUGCCACUGGCAACGUCAACACAUCUUGGUGCCGUCGCAUUUCAACAAGCGCCGCGGUCUGUCGCGGUAUCGGCGCUCUUGGCCGGCGAGACAACGUGGCUGGCGUACGCCACGCAAGAGCUACUGCACCCGAUGACGCAAUCACAUACGCGCCUCUCGGCCAGAGUGAGCACACUCGUAGCAUGGCUACUCGUGCUUCUACUCGACGUCUUGGCGCCAUUGCACGCGGCUGCAUCGACGGACCAGACCUGCAGUACGGUCAAUAUGGUCAACUUUGUCUUCUGCGACAGCGGCGCGCUCGUUCUCGGUCACUGGACGCGAACACUUGGUGUCGUUGGCAUCAACGUUGGUGGUGCGAUCCUCGUGGCGGCCGCAGCAACCUUGGUCGCAGCACCGAGACCGCCAGCAUUGUCUGCGUCAAGUGCGCUUUGGACGGGUCUAUCGACUUGCUUUCUAAACGGCGAGGCGGAAACGACGAACCCCGUCACAGCGUUCAUGGGAGGUCUCCUCUGCAGCCGCUGCGGUGUCUUUGACAUCACGCGGUGGCUGUCACUGGACCUGGGUCCUACAAAAUCGAUGGCUGACGUUGUCCACGUAGCGUGUCGUGACACCACCUGCGUCGUCGUUCCGCCGUCGUCUCGAGCACACUACACCCUACUGCUCCUCGGUCUUGGCUACACUGCGUUCACGCUGAUUGGCAACGUGGCCGGCUUCAACAGCUCCAGCACGCACGCGUACUUGGCGACGAAGCUCAAUGAGCUGCUGCUCACGACGACCGAGGCUCCGCUGCACCUCGACGACCCCCGGCUUCUCGACUACUCUCGCUUUUACAACGGAUCCGAAGGCACGAUCGUCUGGAGCAGCACCGCGGCGCGCCGGGCGCUCUUCCAGUCGACUCCGUCGCUAGAGAUCGUCGUGGCCAACCUUCGCCGCAUGGAUCCAUGCCUCCUGCCGUGGAUGUUUACGCAGUACUGCUGGCUCGACCUCAACCAGACAUGGGAGAUGGCAAAGGCUCGUGCGUGGCGUCAACACAACAUUGCUCACUUUACGCUGCAGUGGCAAAACUACAAGACGAUCGGACUCGACGAUGCGCUGACGAUCGAGACGGCCCUUGGUCUCUCGUACCCACUGGCGCUGAGUUACAUACCCGCCUCGAUGCACCCUCAGCACCAGACGUCCUACAUGAUGUACUGGGCGUUCGCGAGCGACCUCUGGGCCAUUGGCGCCAACACGACAGGCAUCUGUGGCCGGAGCUUGCUGCGGACCAGCGCCAACUUUGCGUUCCGCAAUGCGUCCAGCUGGGGCCUUCUCGUCGAGAAUCGCACUCUGACGUCGCCGUUUCCGAGCGAGAUAGCAUCGCUCGAGUCGAAUGUCGGUCCGUUCAAUGCCAUCGACAUGGUGUACCUCGUGCCACCGCCGUCCCUCCUCGCCUUCUACGCCGGUGUCAGCAGCGCCUUGUCUUCGCUCCUCCUUCGCGACCCAAACGCCCAAACGACGUUUCUGUCACUGCCUGUCAAGUACAAUCUCGUGGCGGCUCCACGCUUCUUGCUCGACGACCUCUCAAUCUUGCUCGGUGGCGGCAACCUCUUUUGCGGUAUCGACAACGGACUCUUAUCCGGCGCCACGGGCCUCUACAGUCAAUUCACAGCCACGAGCCCGUGCCGCUUUGUCAGCAGCGAAGUCAUGUUUCCGUCCCGACUGCAACUCUUGUUUGCCUUUCUCGGGUUUGAGUUUACCCUAUCCCUCAACGCCACCUCGGAUUUCGACGGCAUUUGCGCGUUGGACACGACCAUCGUCGCCAACUGCGCGGGGGACUAUGCGACGUUCUUCAACUUUUUGCGUCAAUACGCGAUCGACUUUGCGACUCUUGAGCGCACUGCGAGGGCACUUUACGCGGACGUUCUCGCCCACAACAUUACACUGGUGCAGUACGCCCUCGGUGGUUCUAUUGGUCCAGGAAGCCUCAUGUUGAUUCCGCUGUUGGACGACAACGACCGCGGCUGGAGCUUCUACGGCUGGCAACGCCGGCAUCAUCACCACCAUCUCGGGGGGCACGGCCCCGACGCAAUGCCGCCCGACGCCGCGCAACUCCGAGCGAGCUACGCAGCGUUGCUGCAACAAGGCGUCGCGUACGUCACUGUCGUCAUCAUUCUCGUCAUGAGCCUUGUCUUCUUGAACGCGCUCCGCUCCCGCGGCCGUCUCGAGAGCCGCAACCUCUUUUGCAUCAACCGCGUCGUCGGACUCGUCUGGCUCGGUCGCCCCUUCUUGCUCUUGCGCAGCGUCACGGCGCUGUGCCUCCUCAACACGAGCGUCGCCGACCUCGUUCAAGUCGGUGCGGCAACGCACUUUGCUCUACCUAAACUGCCGUGGUACAAGACGGUCCUCGGCGCGUCCGAAGUGACGUGGCUUGUCUACGUUCUCAACGAUCUUCUGAGCUGCGCCACGCACCACUACACGUCGCUCUACGCGUUCAAGAGCUCCAACCUCGCAUGGCUCGUUCUCAUCUGCGUGGCAUCCAUCCAGCCACUGUCGCCGCUUGGUCAGCUGCAGCGGUCCUGCGACGCUCGCGACAUGGACGCAGCGCUUGUCUGCACAAGUGGCUACGUCGCUAUUGGCAGCUACGCACGCCUCCAAGUCACCGUCGCGCUCCUGCUCAAUGCGCAGAGCUUGUACAUGCUCAGCUGGACCCACUGGCGUCACGGCGACGCGUUCUUCCUCGACACGUCGUCUGGCAUCAUGGCCGGCUUGCUCUCGCUGCAGCACAAGAACACGUGGUACAUUUUCGACACCAAGACGUGGCGCCUCCUCAUGCUGCCGACUGCACCCGAUUGCGGUCGGUUGAAACAUGCGAUUCCGCUCUCCAACCCUUGA